UCUACCAUUAUAUAAAGCAACCUUGUGACUAGCUUAGUUGGUAUCAAAUUUUAGUUCAUCGUGUAUCUACUUCUUCUUUUUUCUUGUUGCAGAAAACGAAUAGAAGAUGGAGAGAAGCAAAGUUGGGUGCGUUUUGAUGAUUUGUUUGGUGAUGGGAGGUCUUGUUGGGGAUUCAGCUGGGCAAUCUAUACAAGCUUUCGCUCAAUGUUAUGCGGUGUGUUUCAUAACUUGUGUUUUAACUCCAGGAAAUAACGUAACUACAUGUUCUACUAGGUGCAUCAUCAGCUGCCUCUUUCCUGGAUCUCUUAAACUCAAAGACCCCCAAUCCUUUUGCAAGCUUGGCUGUGCCACCUACUUGUGCACGAACUUCAGCACAACAGACGACCCAGCUAAAGAGAAAGUGGGAAGCUGUGUGAGUUCCUGCUCAGAGACUUGCACCCAGAAAUACUGAUUGCUGAGAACACUGUACCCAAGAAGAGUUACAGAUUGUAUUAGUUUGAUAAAUCUUUUGUUGUCGAUUGUGCUGUAAAUUUGUUAUCCAGUUGAAUAAAUUCAAAGAUUGGUAAUACUUGUUUUCUGCUACUUAGUUUUUUUGUUUCCAUACAGAUUUAUUGUUAGCUGAAGCUGAAUAAAGACCUUUAGUUUUAUUUGCA